AUGGACACGCCAUUGUCCACCGCACUUGACGUGCUCGCCACCGCGACUAGCACUGCGUGGGAGGCCGUCACAACUGCCAUCGACGAAUUACCUGGCGCUGUUUUAAACGACACCAGCCCGAUUACCAUCCCUCCCACACCGCCCGACGAGGUCUACUCUGAGGGCAACUAUGUGGUCAACACAAUCCUCGGCCUCCUCAUCGUCCUCGGCGCGUCCGUGCUAAACGCCCUCGGCCUGAAUAUCACCAAGCUCGACCACCAGCAACAGCAGGCCAUUCCAAAGCGCGAGCGAGGAAAGGAGUAUCUCCGUCCACUGUGGCUCGCCGGCAUGGGCAUCUACAUUGCGUCGCAGGUGUUUGGCUCCCCACUGGCACUGCGGUACCUCCGCCCGGACUGGGUGGCGCCGCUGGGCGCCAGCAGUCUCAUCUUCAACUUCAUGUUCGCGUACUGGCUUGUUGGCACACCGGUGACGACGUCGGAUAUCCGCGGAACGGCACUGAUUGUGUUUGGUGUCAUCCUCAUUGUGGUGUUUUCGAGCAUCAACCAUGGCCUUAGGCAAGACCUGCCGAUUGAGGAACUGAACAGACUGUGGACGCGCGGCUCUUGGAUCUCCUACUUUGUCCUCUUGAUCGUCUUCACCUUUGGAACCUUCAUUGUGGCCGACCUCCUCGCCAAGGUGUCGUACUCGCGCAACUCGUUCUCCCCUCUUCCCUCUCCCACCCUCGGUCUCCCCACCACCACUGGCGGCCGUACGGUCCCCGUCGGCAAGUGGAAGCAGCGGUUCAUGGGUAUUGUCGCGCGCAGGAAGGCCAUGGAGUACACUGUCCUCGCCUACCUCGAGCGCAUGUUUGCUCGUUCGGACGACGCGCGCGUGCAGUGGCUUGAGGGUGUGGCGUGGGCCGUUGCUGGCGGCUCUCUCGCGGGCAUGUGUCUGGUGUUCACAAAGGGUGUGGUCAAGAUCUUUUGGAACCCGGGACACCCGCUCGUGCACCCCAGUCCGCUCAUUACCCUGCUCCUCACAAUCAUCACUGCCGUCCUUCAGAUCAUCUGUCUGAACAAAGCGCUCAAGUGCGCCGACACCGUUGUUGUUGUGCCACUGUUUUACGCCGGAUACACUGUAUUUGGCUUUGUCAACUCUCUCAUCUUCUACGACCAGACGGGCGCGUACGCCACCUGGGCCCUCGUUGCGGUCUUCCUGUCCAUUGCUGUCCUCAUUGCUGGAGUCGUCCUCCUCUCGACCAAGUCUACGGCCAACGACCCUGCCAACCAGAACCAGCAGUCUGCUGCUCCCCAAGACCCCGGUGUCCGACUGCGUCCGCGCGACCAUGUCGUGGCCGACGGUGCCUCCACGUCGACCUCGGCCAACGCAGCCAAGCGUACCGACACACCUGAGCCGGGCCAGGACGUGCUCUGGGAAGUUGGCAGUGUGAGCGACGACAGCGACGACGAGGACGACAAUGAGAGCAUGAAGGCCGGCAAGGGUGUUGGUGGCAUCAAGGAGAGCCACGGCGAGCGCGGUGGUCUCUUGUUAACCCUCGACGAGGAGGACCAGGCGCAUCUCAACGCAAACUCACAUCACAUGCAGACGACACCGCAACUGGAGAGUCAUCGGCCGCUGGCUGACGACGAUGAGGAGGACGAGUCCGAGGCCUUUGGCGACUAUGCGCGUGUCAGCAGCAGCAGGUAA